AUUCAUAAGUUAUUCAACACAUCAGCUCAAGAAAAAAUAUUAGAAGAUAAUUUUUCAUUUGAAUUGAUAGAUACAUUUUUUUUUAUCGAAUAUACGUUUCAUGUUGUAUAAACAUUGUGUUUUCUUUUUUUCCUAACUUUUGUUGAAUCAAUGGACGUGUAUGAGAGUCGUUAUUUUAAAAUUAAUAAACUCGCUCUCUUUGUAAUCGGACAAUGGGUUUAUCAGACAGUAGCCAUGAAAAUUAUCACAAGAAUUUUAAUUUUGUUAUCACUUACUUCUGCAAUUAUUCCUCAGUUUAAUUUUCUCUUUUCCGUUGUUGGUAAUUCUGACGCAACUUUCGAGUGUCUUCCACCGAUUCUUCUGGUUCUUUUAUGCUAUUUUCAAUUUGCAAUUUUUACAAUCAAACAAGGCAAGCUGCGUAUUCUCGUUAAACAUAUGGAGAAUGAUUGGAAUUUUUGGACGUCUAAAAUAGAACGUACAAUUUUGCUAAAAACUGCAAAACACGGAAAUCGUCUUACAAUUUUAUAUGCUAUAAAUAUGUAUAGUUCAGUAUUAAUUUUCAUAUCAAUGUCAAUGGCGCCAAUUGUUUUUGACCAUUUCCUUCCACUGAAUGAGACUCGUCCGAGGUUAUUGGUGUAUGCAGCUAAAUUUCCAUUAGAUGAAAAUAAAUAUUUAUCUUGGCUGUUGGUUCAUGGUUCUAUUACUUCCUUAUGUAAUUUGACAGUAAUGUUUGCUUGCGAAUCAAUGUUUGCAGUUACAACACAACAUGUUUGCGGCUUGUUUGCAAUUGUCAGUCAUCAUUUAAAAAAUAUAAUAAAGGACGCAAACAAGGAGCAAAAGUACAUAAUCAUAAAAGAUUCAAUGAGUUAUGAACAGUUGAGAUCUUCUAUUAAAUGGCACAAUCAUGCGCUUCAAUAUUCAAAGACACUUAACUCCUGUUUUUCGCCAUUAUUAUUUUGGUCAGUGGGAUUAAAUGUUAUAGCCAUCAGUUCUUUACUAAUUCAAACUUUAAAUUCAAUUGGUACUUUUACUCUAGCGAUUAAAUACGGAAUAUUUGCUAGUGCUUGUUUGAUUCAUCUUUUUUGUUUAACAUUGCCAGCACAAAAUUUAUUAGAUAGUAGCUUAUUAGUGUCACGAGGAACAUAUAAUGGAGAAUGGUAUAAUUUGCCACUUUAUGGACAAAAAUUACUUGUGCCAAUAAUACUUCGUGGUCAAAUACCUUCAACUCUUACUGUUGGAAAAUUUUGUACCAUGGAUAUGAUUGCGUUUGCAACACUUCUCAAAACAUCAGUCUCUUACUUUACGGUUCUUUCAUCUAUGCGUUGAUAAGUUUUGUCAAAAAGGAGAGAUGAAUAUUACAAGAACACUUGAAAUUGAACAGGAAACCCAAAUAUUUCCAUAAAUUAAUUCUUCAAAAACUGUU